UCUCGUGUCAGGGCCCGUGAGGGUCGGAGCCAGCAUGACGACGAGCCCGUGAAGCGAGAGCCUUCGAGAGGACGCACGACGCGCGAGCACGCCGCCAUGGACACGACCCGGUGCCGCCGAGGACCGCGCCGUCCCCGGCUCCUCACCGUUGCGCCCCUCGUCCUGGCCCUGGUCGCCGUGACGCUGGCCGUGCUGCCGUCGCCCGGAUCCUCGCUGCCCAUCGUGGACCCAGGGCUGUUCGUGAUCCUGGGCGUGCGGACCUGCGGCGGGGGCGGCGGCUACUGCCUGCUGGGCUCGGACUGCACCCUGGACCGGGACUUCGCCGCCGAUGACGCGGGCGGCCAUUGCGAGGGCUUGCGCGCCGCCUUCACGCCCGCCGCGCACUUCUCGUGCUGCAAGUACGUGGAGCGGAGCAACGCCACGCUGCCCGGCGAGCCGGCCGACGCCACGACCACCGAGGACCCCGUCGCCGUGGCCACGACCCUCGCCGACGACGCCGAGAACGUCAUCGAGACCGAGAUCAUCGUGAAGCCCGGCCCCGUCGGCCCCGCCGGCCCCUCCGGCCCGGCCUCGGGGCAGACCGUGGUGGCCGUGUCCGAGGAGUACAAGAUCAAGGGGGCGGAGGAGGAGGUCGAGGUGGCCGAGGUCGCCGCCGUCCCCGCCGCGGACAAGGAGGCCGUCGUUGAGACCCCCGCGUGCCGCAGCCCCAGCACCGACGUGAACCCCUGCUGGCGCAGCAGCUUCCAGGACGCGGACGGCACCACCCUCUGCUCCGGCACGCUGCUCGGCGUGGACGCCGCCGUGACCUCGGCCUUGUGCGCCAACAGGUUGAUGGAGGCCGGCCCCGCAGUGUCGCUGCGUGUCGACGAUCUGUCCCUGCCGGUCAGAGACAUCAUCGUGCACCGGGACUACCGCGCCGCGCCCGAGGACCCCAACGACAUCGCGAUGAUCAGGCUGCUGCUGGCGGGGGCCUCGAUGGGC